AUGUCAGGCGAUCGUUCGACAUCUCCCAUCUCUGUUCCUCCACCAUCGCGACAGCGUCGAGCUUCCUUGGCGUCAGGCCUUGGCUUAGCUGAUUAUCUGACGAAACCCGGGAAUCAAGGGACCACCUCAAGCGUCCCAGCGGGUCCAAUGGCAAGUGCCGUAGCCAACGCACAGUCGCACCAAGGGCGACGGCUAUCCAUUACCACGCUAGGUCUUUCAGGCUCACCAACCCAGACUUCACCGUUUGGGGGAAGAAACUUGCGGCAUGGUAGUGUGUCCAGCUCUGUGGGAUCCAACCCCGCGAGCCUCGAGGACGCGGUCAUAGAGGAUAAUGAGAAUGGCCCACCUAGUGCCACACCGAGCUCUCCGUUCGCACGGAGGGUUUCUUUUGGCGCACAAGCAUUGCGAGAUGUCCGCGGAGGAAGUACAGGCAAUGGUAGAUACCCCUCUCCUAAGUCACCCGUGGCUGGAGGGCGCUCAAAUGCGUCGCUAGUCAGCAGCACUUCUGUCAAUACCACCGCUGGUUCAAUAGCUACAAGUACACAUAACGUGAUUUCUAAGAACGAUAGAUCUAACCAGUCUUGGCGACCACUAGGCGAAGGCUUUAAUUGGUCCGAAGCUCUUCGGACUCGUGCCGAGCGUGCCCCGUCGAUUGGAAGCAAUUCCUUAAAUGCAUCUCACGGACAGCAUACAACAAACACAGUUCAGUCUGGGCAGCAUCAGCGGGCAGCCUCCAUUGCUUCAAUGGAACAACCAGCCCGGGAGAUGCCCAAGCAACCCCGGCAAAAUAAGCCGGACUUUUUUCAGGAGAAAAUACUCCGUGGAGACUUCAUGGACUAG